AUGUUUCUCCACCACAAUCUGUCAGCCAGAUUCUGGACAAGUUUGACAACUGAUUGUCUCCCGUGUCGUAGUCUAUUAAACUUGUACUUCCUCAGUCGAAAAUAUCCCAAACAUCCUCAGUCGAAUACUGAACAUGUCGUAAACAUCACCAGUCGAACAUGUCACAAACGUCCUCAGUCAAAAAUGUCCCAAACAUCCUUAGUCCAACAUGUUCCAAACAUCCUCAGUCGAACAUGUCCCAAACAUCCUUUAUCCAACAUGUCCCAAACAUCAUCAGUCGAACAU